GCUCCAGCCUGUCGCUCCUCGCGGCUCUGUCUUUUGCUGUUUCGCUCUGCCAGCUCUGCACGCUCCAGAGGGCGACCUUCGUGGGCGGCUUCAGGGGCUUGGACAGGCCAAAGUCGAAGAGUACCCUCCGCAGAGUGAAAGUCUUCGACUUUCCCUUCCUCGGUGGUGAGCCGGAGCCGGACCCAACGGAGCAGGGAACCAGAUCUGCCCGGGAGGCCGAUGAGGACUCCGCACGC